AUGUUUAACGGGGAGUCAGGUCCGGCCUCGGCUGCGGCCUCCAGGAAUGUGGUGCGGAGCUCCAGCAUCAGUGGGGAAAUCUGUGGGUCCCAGCAGGCCGGGGACGGCACCGGGACCAGCACUGCCAAGAAGCGACGCAGCAGCCUUGGGGCCAAGAUGGUGGCCAUCGUGGGCCUGACCCAGUGGAGCAAGGGCACGCUCCAGCUGUCCCAGGCUGAAGGGGCCACCAAGAAACUGCGCAGCAACAUCCGGCGGAGCACGGAGACGGGCGUUGCCGUGGAGAUGCGGAGUCGGGUCCCUCGCCAGGGCAGCCGGGAGUCCACAGACGGCAGCACCAACAGCAACAGCUCCGACGGCACGUUCAUCUUCCCCACCACCCGGCUUGGGGCCGAAAGCCAGUUCAGCGAUUUCCUGGAUGGGCUGGGACCAGCCCAGAUUGUGGGGCGACAGACACUGGCAACACCGCCAAUGGGGGAUGUGCACAUUGCCAUCAUGGACCGCAGUGGCCAGCUGGAGGUGGAAGUGAUUGAGGCUCGGGGCCUGACCCCCAAACCCGGCUCCAAAUCCCUCCCAGCCACCUAUAUCAAGGUUUACCUACUCGAGAACGGGGCCUGCUUGGCCAAGAAGAAGACGAAGGUGGCCAAGAAGACCUGUGACCCCCUGUACCAGCAGGCUCUGCUGUUUGAUGAGGGACCGCAGGGCAAGGUGCUGCAGGUGAUCGUCUGGGGAGACUACGGCCGCAUGGACCACAAGUGCUUCAUGGGCAUGGCCCAGAUCAUGCUGGACGAGCUGGACCUGAGUGCUGCGGUCACCGGCUGGUACAAACUCUUCCCCACGUCCUCAGUGGCGGACUCUACACUCGGCUCCCUCACCAGGCGCCUGUCCCAGUCCUCCCUGGAGAGCGCCACCAGCCCCUCGUGCUCCUAA